AUGAACUUUGAACUGAAAUUAUAUACUGACAAGUAUAUAGAUGGACUAGGUAAUUCUUUUCCUUUGGAUCCAGACCUCGUGGAUUUGGACUUCCAGACAGCUCCAUUAGAGUCCUGUUUUUGUUACAGUGAUUACAAUGAAGCAGUCCCUCCAACUAAAAUUGAAGCUGACAAUUUACAUUCCAACAUGGAGUGUGAUGAUGUAGAUGUAGACGUUAGCUCUGAACAGGAUGAAACCUAUAAAUUUAAAAGAGGUCCAUACAGAUACUACUCUGAAGCUCAGAAGCAAAGAUUCUGGCAACUAGUUAUCGAGCAAGGGUCUUCUGCAUACAGAGCUGCACAAGCACUUAAUAUCAGUUUACAAACAGCUUAUAUUUGGAAAAGAAAUUGGAAUCGCCUUAUUGCUAACGAAGCUAAUGGUAUUCAUGACGAACCUAAAAAGCGUGGCCGUAAACCUCUUCUCACCCAAGAGCACAAACUCUUUUUGAAGGAUUUGGUUCUUUCUGACCCUACUGUUACCUUGGACUUCUUGUUGGAUAAACUAAGGAGUACAUUUGAAGGUGUGAAGGCAAGUAUUUCUACUAUUUAUAACUUUCUUAUCAAGGAUAAAAUUGACCUUGAAAAGAACUGUCUUUUCAUCGACGAGGCUGGAUUCAAUAUCAGUAUGAGACGGGAAUACGGGUGGUCAAAAGUAGGUGAAAAGGUUGCACUUAAAGUCCCAGUCACCAGAGGUCUCAAUGUAUCAUUCUUGGGUGCUAUCUCUUCCAAAGGAUGUAUUGACUUGAAGGUGCGACUCCCAGUCGAGACUAGUCCUAACAAGAAGAGAAAAAUCGAUUCCACCACAGUUUCGGAAAAGAAGACAAGAGUUGGUACCACAGCUGAUCAUUUCUACUCAUUUGUCAAGUCUGUGCUUAGAGAAAUUGAAACAAACAAGACACUUCAAGAGAUCAAGUAUUUGAUACUUGGCAACGCAGCCAUCCAUAAACGUCGUGACCUCAAGUUAUUGGUGGCACUGAGUGGAAUGGAACUAGUAUUUUUGCCAGCUUACUCACCUUCAUUGAAUGCAAUUGAAGAGUUUUGGUCAGUAUGUAAGGCUAAAGUUAAGCGGUCAAACUUAUCUAGAAAAGAACAAUUAACUCCAAGGGUAAGAGAAGCAACAGCAAAGAUGCAAAUGACCAUUUGCAAUACUGUUUAG